CACAGCGGUCCGACCUACGAGUCCAUGCAAGCUGUGUUUGACCUGCAGCCCUUCAGGCCAGCAGUGAACCUCAGCAAUCCCACCAUCGCCAACAUCUCCUUCACCCUGUACGCCGUCCUGGGAGUGAAUGAGAAGACUCAGAUCCUCACUACUUUCCUGUGGCUCAGACUGUACUGGCAUCAUGAGUUCCUGGUCUGGGACCCUGAUGAGUGCGACGGUGUCACCAGGAUUUCUCUCCCCGUGAACCAGCUCUGGUCUCCUGACAUCAUUGUGUAUGAGUUUGUCGAUGAUGACGUGUCCCAGGCCUGUCCUUACGUCUACGUCAACCACACGGGUCACAUCCGCUGGGACAGGAUGCUGCGACUCGUCUCGGCCUGCAACCUGAAGAUCUUCAGUUUUCCCUUUGACGUGCAGAACUGCACAUUUACGUUCGGCUCCUACAUGCACACCAUAAGGGAUGUCAGGGUCAGUCCAGCCCUGACCUUCGAGGAGAUGUCUAGAAACUCAAAGCUUUACCUGGAGGCCAGUGGAGAGUGGGAGCUGGUGGACAUACUGGGAGAGACGUCCAUCCUUCAGUUUGGAGUCGACGAAUGGGACAUCAUCACCAUUUGGGUGGUCAUCAAGCGGCGCCCAGUGCUCUACGUGGUCAACCUGCUCAUCCCCAGCUCCUUCCUCAUGCUCAUCGACAUCCUGUCCUUCUACCUGCCGCCCCACAGCGUUGACCGCGCCUCCUUCAAGAUGACACUCAUCCUGGGCUACACCGUCUUCCUGCUCAUCAUGAACGACCUGCUGCCCAGCACAGCCAACGGCACGCCCAUCAUAGGUAUCUAUUUCUCCGUGUGUCUGGCCCUCAUGGUCAUCAGUCUGCUGGAGACGGUCAUCAUCACCAAUGUGCUCCACCACAGCUCCAAGAAAUAUCAAGAGGUCCCACACUGGGUGAGGGUGGUGGUCCUCAAACACAUAGCCAACCUCAUCUGCUACCGCUGGCCGGAGGACGUCGGGCCCCCGUGUGUGCAGCAGGAGGACAAACCUGAGGGCCCCAACGGCAGCUCGGGCCCGUGGGUCACCCAACCGGCCAACCAGGCCCCGGCCCAGCACCCAGCCGACAGAGGAGAUCAUGUAGCUGUGACCCCGACCGUCGCCGUCCCCCUGCCAGGCCUGACUGAACUGCAGCAGAUCCGUGAAUACCUGGGUGACCUGCGUGACCACCUCACCUCGCUGCAGAGGGAGAGCCAGCUGCAGGACCAGUGGUGCCACGUGGGAUACGUCCUGGACUACCUGCUCUUCCGCAUCUAUCUGCUGCUCAUAUCCUGCUACGCCUUGGUCAUCAUCUCCAUGUGGUGCGUCUGGAUCAGCCAGUCCUAACCCCCUCCCUGUCGAUUCAGAGUCUAAAUAGAGAGAAAAAAUAAAACUAAUGUGUGAGUGUAACUAGAAGGUAAAACAAAACCAAACAUAUAGAGUUAUUGUUUCUUUAUUAAUUUUGUUCAUGUUCAUUUUAUGAGUUUGAAUUUGCAAGGAAACACAAUGUGCUGUAUCUGCACUACUGCUGAUUUUAUACCAAUAAGUGAGUGCAGUAUAAUGGUUUUUGGGACAAUGACUGUAUAAUCAUCAUCAUCAUCAUCUCCAAGAAUAUGUAUCUUCCCCCUCCAUUACAGUUAGCCACUGAUCUCUUCUCAAAGUGCAAUGAUUUUGUAAUUUCUUCGGAAGAAUAAAAAACAUCCAAAAUGUUGCCACCACGCAGAAAUAAUUAGGUCCCAAGUUCAACAUUCAAUUCUGUCAAUGAUGAAGUAUCCUCUGACGCUCCUGCAGAACGUGUCAAUGUGAUGGAGCAGACAGUGGACCCUUUUUCUUGCCUUGUAAUUAAAGGUUCUUGACACAACUAAGGCUAAAUUGAGGCUGGAAUCAACUUAAUGUUAAAAGUGAUGCAUUUUGUAAUAAAAUGUAUGACUGGCUGUAAUUAAACUUCAUUUCAAUUUUAGGCCUAACGGUUAAAUUUAUGUUAAUGAUGAUGAUUAUUGAAAAUAUCUGAGGCUCACCCUAUCAGAUUAUAUCCACUAGAUGGCGCCAUUGGUCAGCAGUUGGACAUUAUGUACGCUGCAUAAACAGAAGUCAAAUAGUUGUAUAAUAUCCAUAUUUCAGAAAGGAUAAAUAAAGUGACUGGAAACAUCCCCACCUUAAUGUUUGACAUUUACACAUGGAUGCAUUAUUUAUUAUGACCCAGGAACAUAUUUUAUUCUGAUAUGGGCUUUUCUACAUGGUUAUUUUGAUGCUUGUACUGUAAGGUAUUUUACUUGUGACAGGGUAUUUGUCCACUGUUAGUGCUACUUUAACUAUACUUAAAGAUCAAAGAUCUUCAUCUACUGUGUUAAGUAAUAAAGACUAAAGUACACAAUAAAAAAAGUUUUUUUAAAUUA